UCAUAUGACUGUCUCACAAAUGGAGUCCGUGUGCUGUAGUCGAGUGUGCCUCAGGAAUUAAACACAAAAGGGAGUUUUCCUUCAAAUCGUGGGUCCAUUAUGGCCCCCACGCUGUUUCACAAGCUCUUCAACAAAAAAAAUGCGCUUUCACCGCCCGCGAAGAGCAGCAAAGAGGACCAGGUGUUCAGCUGGUCCUCGCCGGAGCUGGAGCCCAGUCAGAUCCGCCUGAUCGUGUAUCAGGACUGCGAGCGGCGCGGCAGGAACGUCCUCUUCGACUCCGACACCCGGAAGAGAAGCAUGGAAGAAGCUCCCGUCACGAGGGUGUGUGUGGAGACGCCGGGGAAGUGUUGUGCGCUGAGACCCACGGGUGGCAGCUCCAGUUCUCUGGACAGCAGCUCCUCCGAGCCCAGAGACCAGACCCGCUUCCAGGCCUCGUCGCGCUGCGCGUCGGACGCUAACAUGCUGGGGGAGAUGAUGUUCGGCUCGGUGGCUAUGAGCUACAAGGGCUCCACGCUGAAGAUCCACCAGAUACGAUCUCCUGCACAGCUGAUGCUCAGUAAAGUGUUUACAGCCAGGACGGGCGGCAGUGCCUACGGGAGCCUGAACACGCUUCAGGACAGCCUGGAGUUCAUCGGCCAGGACUCCGGCGCGCUCCGGCCCGAGCACAACAGCGGCUUUCUGGGAAGCAUAGGUUUCUCUCAGCUCUGCAGCCCGCGCCGGGCGCUCUCAGAGCAAGGCCCUCUCCGCCUCAUCAAGAGCGCCUCUUUCUUUUCAGGUCACAGUAACCCGAUGGACAUGCCGGGCCGAGGGCCGUUCGAUGAGCGGGACAGUGGGAUCGCUCGCUCAGCGUCUCUCAGUAGUCUGCUGAUCACCCCGUUCCCGUCCCCGGGCUCGUCUCUCGCCAGUAGCUGUGCCAGUAGCUACCAGAGGCGCUGGUUACGCAGCCAGACCACCAGCCUGGAGAACGGCGUCUUCCCCCGAUGGUCUGUGGAGGAGAGCUUCAACAUGUCUGACGAGAACAGCGGGCCGAGUCUGGGCGUCGCCAGGAAGAAGAAGAUCGCCAUCGGGGUCAUCUUCCUGCUCUCGCCCAAUGAGGAAGAAAACGCCAAGUUCCAGGACUUCUUCUUCUCCCACUUUCCGCUCUUCGAGAGCCACAUGAACAAACUCAAAAGUGCCACCGAGCAGGCGAUGAUCCUGAGCCGCCGCUCAGCCGACGCCAGCCAGAGGGCUUUGGCCUACAGUCGAAUGGUGGACGGCCUCAAUGAGUUCAGGACGACCAUCUGCAACCUGUACACGAUGCCCCGCGUGUCCGAGCCCGUCUGGCUCACCAUGAUGUCGGGUCCGCCUGAGAAGAAGCAGCUGUGCGGCCGCUUCAUGAGGGAGCUGGCGCUGCUGAUGGAGCAAGCCUCCAAGAACCAAUUCCUCCCAGCGCUGCUCACUGCAGUUCUCACGAACCACCUCGCCUGGGUCCCCACGGUCAUGCCCAACGGCCAGCCGCCCCUGAAGACCUUCCUGGAGAAGCACUCCUCGCCCAGUGUGGACAUGCUGGCCAAAACACACCCCUACAACCCCCUCUGGGCACAGCUGGGUGACCUGUACGGUGCGAUCGGCUCCCCGGUGCGCCUGUCCCGUACGGUGGUGGUGGGCCGGCGCCAGGAGCUGGUCCAGCGUCUCCUCUACGUGCUGACGUACUUCAUCCGCUGCUCGGAGCUGCUGGAGAUGCACCUGCUGGAGAGCGCCGAGGACGAGGCCAUCGUCAUGCCCGGCUCGCUCAUCACCACCUCGCUGCGGCCCGGAGAGGUGGAGGACUCCGAGUACGUGCUGGUCACCGUGCACAAGCCCAGCCAGGACUACCUGACCCACGGUGCCGAGGCUGAGGACGGGGCGCAGAGCAGGUCGUACAUGGAGGCCGAGGUUUCAGACGAGCACACCCAUGCCACCGCCCCGGACGGAGACGCUCCCGUCUGCAGGGCGGCGGAGAGUCCGCGGCUCGAGACUCGCCUGGAAACCGUGGUGAAGAUCGGAUCCACCUCGCAGUGCGAGAGAAGAACCUCGCUCGAGGUUUCAGCAGACGUGCCUGAGGUUAAAACUGGCGAGCCAGCCAGGGUCCUUCAUUCCCCAAACGCCCUGCUCGAGAAGAAGCCGCCCGACAAGAGCUCGACCUUUCAUCACAACGAGAACGAACCCUCUUCCAAAGUCACAUUCCUCAUCGGAGACUCCAUGUCUCCUGAAUCUGACAUGGAGAGUCGCCAACUAAAGGUGGAGGAGGAGAUCAAGAAACACAAGAAGCUUCUCAAAGACAACCAGCAGAGGUUGUGUAACGCCGAGGCCAAGCUUAAACUGGACCAAAUCAAGAGUGCUCCGUCCCUCACUAGAAAGAUGUCUCAGUGGGGGCCAAGAGUGCAAGGGGACUGCACGGACAUGUUCGACGAGUAUUUCAAUGAGGACAACCCUGUGGAGACCAGGACUAUUGAUGAUGUCUAUCCGAAAGCUGCACAGACAGGGACUGAAACCUGCUGUUCUGCUGAGCAGGACAAGGGCAUCGAGAUCUCGCUGAGUGUGCCUUCGCCAGCGACAGUGGUGGACCAGAAGAAAGCUCUCCCGCUGAACGACUGGGAGAUCCCGCGCAACGAGAGCUCGGACAGCGCGCUGGGCGACAGCGAGAGCGAGGACGCCGGACAGGAGCUGCAUCGGCACGAGUCCGACGGCCCGUUCUACAGCGACGAGCACAACGACUGGCAAGAUGAGCUCCAGGUGCCCUUACCCGGGGAGAAGCUGGUGGAGAACUUCUCUAAACCGAGCAUUGCCAACUUUGGGAGGUCAUUGUUUGGUGGGUACUGUCCCACAUAUGUUCCAGACUUUGUUCUGCACGGAGCGCCCAAUGAUGAGAAACUGAGGCAGAACCUGGUGUCGGAUCUGGCCCAUGCGGUUCAGCACCCGGUGCUGGACGAGCCGCUGGCGGAGGCCGUGUGCAUCAUCGCAGACACUGAUAAGUGGAGCGUUCAGGUGGCCAGCAGCCAGAGACGCCCCUCCGACAAACUGGGCCAGGAAGUGCUGGUGUCCAGCCUGGUGUCCGGCCUGCUCCAGUCCACCAUCCAGCUCUACAGACUCAACCUGUCGCCCAACUUCUGCAUCAUGCAUCUGGAGGACCGUCUGCAGGAGCUGUACUUCAAGAGCAAGAUGCUGGCGGAGUACCUGAAGGGUCAGACCCGAGUGCACGUGAAGGAGCUGGGCAUGGUGCUGGGGAUCGAGUCGAACGACCUGCCUCUGCUAGCGGCCAUAGCUAGCACACACUCGCCGUACGUGGCCCAGAUCCUCCUGUAGAGCGACACCGGGGUCAUCAGGGUCAUCAGGGUCACGGGGUCGGGGUGAGCAGACUGCAGGACAGAUGCUCGUCACCAAACCCACAGAUUCCCAGAAUCCCUCUCAGGACGAUCACUUUCUCACAACGUCUGAAUGUAGAAGCCAAAGAAGCGCUUGUGUUCAUGAACACACACUGCAGCCGUCGUGAACACACACUGCGUCGCGGCGCUGCUUCUCAUCAGCAGAGGAAGCAAAGACUGUUAAAAUCAGUUUUAUGAUUUUAAUUACAUUAAUAUUCUCGAUGGACUGUGGCAGUGAGUGAAAUCCUCUUCUGUGUUUACAAGAGAACCUACCCUGUUGUUUCCAGAGCUCUACCUCACACACACACACUUUUCUAACAUGUUAAAUGAAACACUUGUCGUGUGUGGUUCACUAAAGAGGAGCCCACGGCACGAUCUCCCAUGGACGAGCUCUGAGGAUUCGACGUUUUGUUGUUUUGUUUUCCGGCAAAGUCACUUUAGCGGUAACAGACGUGUUUACCUGUCCCGCGAGGAACAUCAGCAACUCCUGUGUUAUUAUUACUGUUAUUAUUAUUGUUAUGUUAUAUUUGACUGUCUGGGAAUACGUCGGGAGGCAGAUCUGACGCUCACUCACUACAGUGGACUUAUUUCGUAACACUGAUCCAGGGUCAUUCAACAAUCAUGUUCAGGACUGAAACGCUGGAUCUCGUGUAACGAGUGUGUGUGUAGCGUGCAGACAGAGUGUUUACUGAUGAAUAUGAGCGGAAUGGGUGAAAGAUGCAUAUGCGGUUAUUAACUCUUUCCCCGCCAUUGACAGAACCUCCCGUCUGUGUGUGUGUGUGUGUGUGUGUGUGUGUGCUUUUACACACCUCUGAGAGAGGACUGGCUCUCCUGAUCGAAACAUGUGAAGAAGCAGAAACAAGCCAUUGAGUUUUUGAAAAGCAACAUUUUGAACAAAA